AUAGUAUAGUGGCGGGAGGAAGAGUAAAAAAGUAGAUGGGUGGGCGUCCAUCUUGAAUUUUACUGAAUUUGAGCCGGUUUACUUGUGAUAAAGGUGGAGUUUGUGGCUCAAAAACCACGAUUUGGUGAAUUUUUAUGAAGCUUUUUGUGCUGAAAGUAUUCAUCAUAUAAAAUAGGAAUAAAUACAGUAAUGUGUUAGUAUCAUUACUUAAGACAUAUGCGAUUUCCGGAAAGAGUAUCGCCAAUAAUACCGUAAAUUGGAAGACUUAUAGAACGAUGGCAGUACCUAGUAGAGCUCGGGUAUAUGCCGAUGUCAACUCACAGAAGCCAAGAGAGUACUGGGAUUAUGAAAGCUAUGUAGUUGAUUGGAGCAAUCAAGAAGAUUACCAGUUGGUUCGAAAACUUGGACGUGGAAAGUACAGUGAAGUAUUUGAGGCAAUAAAUAUCACAAAUAACGAGAAAUGUGUAGUUAAAAUAUUGAAGCCUGUCAAAAAGAAGAAGAUUAAAAGAGAAAUAAAAAUAUUAGAAAACUUAAGAGGAGGCACAAAUAUAAUUACUUUACAAGCUGUAGUCAAAGAUCCGGUCUCACGCACUCCAGCUCUUAUUUUUGAACAUGUGAACAACACCGAUUUUAAGCAACUGUAUCAAACUCUUUCAGAUUAUGAUAUAAGGUAUUACUUGUAUGAACUUCUGAAGGCUUUAGACUAUUGCCACAGUAUGGGCAUCAUGCACAGAGAUGUCAAGCCUCACAAUGUGAUGAUUGAUCAUGAUAACAGAAAGCUGCGUCUCAUUGACUGGGGGUUAGCUGAGUUCUACCACCCAGGACAAGAAUACAAUGUUCGGGUUGCUUCCAGAUAUUUCAAGGGUCCUGAGCUUCUGGUGGAUUAUCAAAUGUAUGACUAUUCCUUAGACAUGUGGUCAUUGGGGUGCAUGUUGGCAUCCAUGAUUUUCCGUAAGGAGCCAUUCUUCCAUGGCCACGACAACUAUGACCAGCUUGUGCGCAUCGCAAAGGUGCUGGGUACAGAGGAGCUAUUUGAAUAUUUGGACAAAUAUCAUAUAGAACUGGAUCCUCGGUUUAAUGAUAUUCUUGGGAGGCAUUCCCGUAAACGGUGGGAGCGGUUUGUCCACUCAGAAAAUCAGCAUUUGGUGUCUCCUGAAGCUUUGGAUUUCCUUGACCGCCUAUUGCGCUAUGAUCACUAUGAGCGUUACACUGCUCGAGAGGCAAUGGAUCACCCUUAUUUCUAUCCAAUUGUAAAGGAGCAGGGCCGAAUGGUGUCUGCUAAUUCACCAACUCCGAAUGCAUUGCAAGGACCAAUAAAUGCUGCUGAAUAAUUGUUACAAAAGAUUCAGUAACAUUCUUUAUAAUGGUAAUAUGUAUUGAUUAUAUACUUGUACAAGAUUCCAGAAGACACUGUAAGAAGAACACCAAAUGAAGGCCACUGAUGGUGUAAAUAACUUAGGAAGAAGACAGUGAACCAACAUCUUUAAAUGUAAUUCCAAUGUUUGAUAAAUACAAAUAUAAUUUGGAAAGACAAUAUAAUUUAGUGUUUAAUAUUAGUAAAUCUGGUUUAUUCAUUGUUUUAAAAGUGUUUUAUCUCAGGUGUAAACUGCAAGACAGGUCCAUGAAAGUGAACAUGUACUCUAACUGUUAUUUUGCGAGUAUCUAAUUAUGGAUAUGAAAUUUUCAUGGUAAAAACUGAACGUGUUUUUAUUUUUACAUGAAGUUCAAUAUUAAUUUAUUGAGAUGAAGAAAAAACCAUUCGAGUUUCAUUGCACUUGAUAUUUUGCAUUUAUUAACCUAUGGUAUUGAUAUUGUAAUUACUUGUAUAAUAUAAUAUUGGUAACACCUGCAUACCAUUUGCAAGUACUGGUUAGCAGCUUAUACUAUUUAAAAUUUUGUAUUUAUGUAAUAGAGGUAAAAUGUAGAUAUGUGUGAUAUAAAUACAAAAUUUUAAAAUGAUUAAUUAAUCGUUUUCUUUUAAUUAUAUGUUUUAUAAAAGAAGACCAGUAACUAAUUAAUUAGACGAUGUCAAAAUAUUGUUUCUAAUUCUAUAGUAUGUUUAGUAAGUUACGUUAGCUGUCCUUACACAUGUUACGUUACAUUUUCUUAUAUAUAGCUAAAUCAAAUCGUAACUUCAGCAAAUAGGUGAGCCUCAUUGAAUUAAAUUAUAAUUUAUUUUUAGUGAUAACUCCAAGUUAUUGCAUCAAAAUUUUCUUAAUAAACAAUACUAACUUUGCCUGGAAUUAUUUGGGGCUUUUAAAUUUUAGGAAUCAUUUUGUCCAUCUCAUCAUUGAAAUAUUUCAACACUGUCUGAAUUUCAGAACAGUGAGAAAAGUAUUUGGAAUUAUUUUCUUAAAUUUUGUGUAAAUAAACGCCUUUCUGUCAGUUA